ACAGACUCCAACAUGGCUGACUACGACGAGGAAGAAGUGACGCGCGGUGUGACGGUGCGCGACGUGAAGCCCGCUGACUUCAUCAAGGCCUACGCCGAGCACCUCAAGCGCUCGGGCAAGAUCGAGCUGCCCGCCUGGUGGGACGUGGUCAAGACGGCCUCGUUCAAGGAGUACUCGCCCGCCGACCCGGACUGGUACUACAUCCGUGCCGCCUCGAUCGCGCGCAAGGUGUACCUGCGCCAGUACACUGGUGUGGGCUCGCUCAAGAAGGUGUACGGUGGCGCCGCCCGCAAGGGCGUGCACCGCCAGCACUUCCAGAAGGCCUCGGGCGGUCUCAUCCGCCACAUCCUGCACCAGCUGGAGGAGAUGAAGGUCGUGGAGAAGUGCCCUGAGGGCGUGAACAAGGGUGGCCGCAAGAUCAGCAGCCACGGCCAGCAGGACUUGGACCGCAUUGCCGGCCAGGUUGUGCGCGCUUAAGUUCGGUCGCUACGCGCAGCCGCCACUUAACCGGAAUGAACCAGAGAGCUAUUUUGCAAUAAUCGAAGCUACUUCAGACGCGCGCUCGCACGCUGCGUCGGCUUUACUCCCAACUGUGGUGUUCAUUGUGUUCAUGUUGAAUUGUUGCACGUCGUGGAAGAGUUUGCAUCGUGUCAAUGAGUUGGUUUUCGCGCGUUACAGGUAUCUUCGCGCCAGUGUCUUCACUCGAGCGUCGAACACCUCGGAGGAGAUCGGUGUGUCGUGCUCGUAGAAGGGGUUCAUCAGCAGCUUGACGUAGAGCUCGUGCACUUCGUGGAAGAAGGCCUUGACGGUGUCGUCGUUGCGGGUCUCGUGCAGCAGCAGGAACUUGACGCCCGAGGCCGUGACGAAGGCCGACACGAGCUGGUCGUUGAACCGGUCCACGACCUUGAGCGCCAUGGCGGGCGUCGUCCACAUGAGCUCGUCCACCAGGUCCAGCGCCGCGUGCAGCACGAACUCGUCCACGUGCGCGCUCUCCUCCCGCCGCGCGCGCAUCUCCAUCUUGUACAGCGGCUCCUUGGAGCCCACCACCACGAACAUGGACAUCGCUGUUCCUGCUGCCGGGGGCCGCUGGUAGCAACUUG